AUGGUGCUGCUCACAGGUUCAGACCCAGCUACCAAAUUAAAGUUAGUACAUAAAUGUACAGUGUACAGUGUUGGUAAGGAUUACCCUUACCUAAUUAUUUUCUCUUGGUUUUUUUAGGAUCGCGUUAUGAUUAAUCGACUUGACAGCAUUUGUCAAACAGUGUUGAAAGGUAAAUGGCCUUCAGCCAGAAGGAGCUAUGACAGCAAUACAGUGGCUUCUUUCUACACAACCAAACUUCUGGAUAGCCCAGGUGCAGCUGCAGACUACAGUGAGCCCAGCGCACCAACACCCCCCCUUGCAGGUGUUAAAGAAGAAUACGAGCAAUCGCCACAGAUGUCAAAGGUGAAGAAGCAUGUACGAGAAAAGGAGUUUACAGUGAAAAUCAAUGACGAAGGUGGUUUGAAAUUGACUUUUCAGAAGCAGGGACUGUCUCAGAAAAGGCCGUUUGAAAGCGAGGAAGGUGUGUUGGGACAGCAGCAAUACCUAGCUCGGCUGCAUGAACUCCAGAAUGCUUCAGAAACCAGCCUUGUCAACUUCCCUAAAUCACUUCCCAAAUCAGGUACUUCCAGUCACUUAACAGCCAGUGCCAAUGGAGUCAUAGUUGACAGUCAGCCUGUUGUCAAAAAGAGAAGAGGAAGAAGGAAGAAUGUGGAGGGAGUCGAUGUCCUCUUUAUAAAUAGAAAUAAACAGCCUAAUCACGUUAAUCCAAGCAUUAACUCCUGUCAAGUUGCUGCAGGAAUAAACCCAGCACUCACUUACACGCAGCAGUCCCAAGGCAUGCUUGAUGCGGAGAGUCCAGUUCCUGUUAUUAACCUGAAAGAUGGAACAAGGCUCGCGGGUGAUGAUGCCCCCAAAAGAAAAGAUUUAGAAAGGUGGCUUCAAGAACAUCCUGGAUAUGUUGAAGAUUCGGGAGCUUGUAUUCCUAGGAUGCAGCUGCACGAUGGGAGGCCUAAACAAAAAAGGCACCGUUGCCGAAACCCUAAUAAACUGGACGUCAAUAGUUUGACAGGUGAAGAACGUGUCCAGCUCAUAAACAGAAGGAAUGCAAGAAAGGUGGGGGGUGCAUUUGCUCCCCCUCUGAAGGAUUUGUGCAGGUUCUUGAAAGAAAAUCCAGAGUAUGGAGUGGCUCCUGAAUGGGGAGAAGUUGUAAAACAGUCUGGAUUCCUUCCAGAAGGUAUGUUUGACCGUAUUCUCACUGGACCUGUUGUGCGGGAAGAAGUCAGCCGGAGAGGAAGACGCCCCAAAAGUGAGAUUGCUAAGGCAACGGCAGCUGGUGCAAGCAUAUCAGUUAACCCUCUGCUGCCUAACGGGCUGCUUCCAGGAGUGGAUCUGCCGAGGCUUCAGGCCUUACAACAAAACCUGCAAAACCUGCAGUCGCUGCAAGUAACGGCAGGACUAAUGGGCAUGCCAGCUGGCCUAGCUGCUGGAGGAGAAGCGAAGAACGUGGCUGCCAUGUUCCCCAUGCUGCUGUCAGGGAUGGCUGGAUUACCAAACUUGCUGGGCAUGGGAGGACUUCUGACAAAGUCUACAGAAUCUGUUUCAGAGGAAAAAAAGGGAAGUGAUUCAAAGGAGGCAGAUAGAAAGAAAGAAAGGACAGAAGACCAAAAUACAGAUACUGGUGGUGAAAACUCUGUUUCAAGUUCUCCUUCGACGUCCUCUGCUGCUGCAGCUGCCAAUCCUCUCUCUCUUAACCCAUUACUUUUGUCCAACAUACUUUACCCAGGGAUGCUUCUCACUCCAGGCCUUAAUCUUCAUAUCCCAGCUUUGUCUCAGUCGAGUAUUUUUGAUGUACAGAACAGUGAAAGCAAUGACACAGGCUCAGCCAAGCCCACAGAAGAAAAGGAGGAAAAUUCUAGGGUUAGAGAUCGGGAGGACAAAGGGGGAACAGAGCCAAGCUCUCACAACGAAAACAGCACAGAUGAGGGUUCAGAGAAAGCAGAUGCUUCAUCUGGAUCCGAAAGUACAUCGUCUUCAUCUGAGGAUUCAGAUUCUAGCAAUGAAGACUGACCCCAGACUCUGCACUUAAAUUAUAAACUGGUUUUGAAUUUAUUCUUUAAUUAUGUCAUUGUAAAUAACCCAGUGUUGAGUGCAUCAAUGAUUUACUGACCGAACAUUUCAGUAUUUGUUUAGAAGUGCAAACUGCUUUCAGAGACGUUUUGCAUGUAAUAUUUCUUGAAGUUCAUAAGUUUCUGAACUUGUAUGUACUAUCAAAUACACAAUGGUGUAAAAUUACAACAAAAGGCAUUAUAAUUUUGUUGGGGGGUUAAUUUUAUGAAAAUAAUGCUCAAGUAAGAGCUGUAUAUUUAAUAUAUUUGCAGUGAACACAGAAUACUUUAUGCAUAUUAUUGAUUUAAUUUGAAUAUAGUUUUACAGCCUCCUUGACACUUAUAAUUUACAGAUCAAAACUCAGCAAUAAUUUGGGCAGCUAAUGAAUGUCAUGAAAGCUGUAGAAUCUACAUCACCAUCCAUUGCUUUAAUUACAUGAAAAUGCUCUAGUGUUGUGAUGCACUGCUGUUUCCAAUUCAGGUACAAGUGUGUUUAAAAGAAGAUAAAUUUUUCCCAAUCAGCCAAUUAAACUGGCUACCUGUUACCUCAGCUGAGUUAGUUUAGGAAGUUUACAUUGGUUUCUAUUACUUGUUUUCAGGUUUUGUUUUGUUUUCAAAAGACAUCCUGUAUAUCAUGUUAAAAUCUGAGUUACUUGAGAUAUGACUGUUGGGUUUUUUCUCUCCCCCUUAUUAUAACUGUUCUCUUGGACAGCAGUCAGGGGAAAUAAAAGCAAAACUGUCUUAUCUCGUGCUACUUGGCACCACGUAGAUCUAUUUAGUUUACACCUUGCAAAGUUUUGGGCUCCCUCUGCAGAAUUAAAAGUCCCGAAAUGAGGAGUAGUUUCCCCAAGACUCAGAAGAGGCAAACUGUCAUAAAGUGCCACUGAAAAGACCUUUCAACACUGCAUACUUCAUGUAAAAAUUGUUUGUUUGCUUUGUUUGUGUAGAAUUCUAUUUGUGUUUUAUGUCAUAAAACCUCCUGGAGUUAUCAGUUAAUAACAAUCAAUAAAGUACAGAUAGUUUUGAACUCCUUUUGAGUUUAAACUUCUCUGCAGAUUUAAAUCUGACUAAAUAUUAAAUAUUACCCAAAAUCAUGAUUGGGAUAUCAUUUCAUAUAUUAUGCUGAGUUACCCACUAAAGAAAAAGCACUUUGAAUAGUAAGGAAGACAAAUUAUUCCUAGAAACCACAGUAACAGGGCAUAAGGCAUCUGUUUAAGUCCAAAUCCUUAGAACCCUUUACUAUAUAAAAUCUAAUAUUUGAUGUGUGAUACGAU